AGCACGCCGGCUCCCCAGCCAGCGCUCUCGGCGCGCGCCCGCGCGCGCGCGGGCCCAUGGCGGGCGUGGUGCGGGAACCCCACGGCGCCGUUGCGGAGGAGCUGGCGCGCCUGCGCGGGGGCAAGGUGGAGGUGCGCGUGAAGAACAUCGGCUCCGCGCCCAUCCUGAAGCAGACGCGCUUCACGGUCGACGGCUCGAAGCGCUUCGAAGAGCUCGCUGGCUUCUUGAGGCGGCAGCUCAAGCUCGAGACGCUGCACGUCUACUGCUGCGACGCGUUCGAGCCCGCGCACGACGAGCACAUCGCCGACCUGCUGAGCUGCUUCGGAGCAGGCAGUGGCACGCCUGGCAGCCAGCGCUGGCUCAACAUCAGCUAUGCCAUCGAGCCUGCUUUCAGCUGAGGGCAUUCCUCCACUGCGCGCGAAGGCCCUCGCGUUGAGCUCUUGAAGCUGCCUUCGCUGCGUGGGCUUCUUCUCGAUGUCCCUGCCGGAGUCCUUCCCUCCCCAUGCUCCUUGCUCUCCCGCUAUCUCAUCAGCCCUGCUUUUCCUGUCUGUGUGUUCUGACAAGGGCCCUUCCCUCGGUUCCGAGAGCAGUUGUGGUUUCAGGCAUGCGGGGUGAAUCGUGGACGCUUCGCGUGUCCCCGCCAGCCCGUCCAGAAAGAGUCCUGUGCUGGCAAGGCAGAGGAGCAUCAGGCAACCCAGGCGGGGGGUACGCCAGCCACAGGGAGGCCAGGAUCAGCCCGAAGUCC